ACAGUAUCAGCCCAGGUGAGUGUGCACGUAUGUUGUGUCUGAAAGACCCUAGUUACAGAUAAGUGUGCACAUGGAAGGGACACAGAUUACUGGUGAGUGUGCAUAUAUAUUGUGUCUGUAGGUUACAGAUGAAUGUGCAGGUAUGUUUUGUCUGAAAUAUGCAGGUUACAGGGGGGUAUGCAUCUAUGUUGUGUCUGAUGAGGUUUGUUACAAGUGUGUGGUACACAUGCAUUGUGCCUGAGGGAGGUGACUGUAUACAUCUGAUGCUGGCUACAGGAGAGUGUACACAUAUGUUGUGUGAGGGACGCUGAUCACAGGUGAGUGUGCAAGUGAGUGUGCACAUAUGUUUGAUUCAUGCCGGUUACCAAUAAGUGUGCAAGCAGGUUCCCUUUCAGCUAAAAAGAUGUUAGAUAAGUUACAGACAAGUAAGGGGAAAAGUACCACAGUGAGUAUUUGGUGCUAUUGUCUGCCUGGGAAAUACACAAACUGUUUUAUAGUAAAGUUAUUAAAACUAUAUCAUAGAAUAUAAAAAUUGUAUCUACUUUAUUUGUACAGAUGAAGAUAACGCUGAUAUAGUGAAAGUUGAGAUAACAGAAGAUCUGUAUACGUGUGAUCAGGUGAAGACUGAGGAGGAUGAAGUUCCUAAAAAUACUACAGAGCCUGAGCCAGACCCCAAACUUUCCAAUGAAGUCAGAUCCUGUGGCUUUUGAUAACGUGAACGUCUCCUCCUCAGUUGAUGUUGUCUCUGUCUUUCACUUGCAGACAAUUGCCAAAGGUGAAUUCACAAACUGCAAUAAUCCUAGUCACGAUCAGAGUGCUGAUGUGUCUUUCAGUCAAAUUCAAAGAAGCCACAUGGGAAAUGUAUGUUCUGAAUGUGGGAAAUGUUUUACCUGGAAGUCACAACUUCUUAUUCAUCAGAAAAUUCAUACAGGAAAGAAAGAAUUUUCAUGUUCUGACUGUGGUAAAUGUUUUACUCUGAAAUCAACUCUUACUAAUCAUGUGAAAAUCCAUACUGAACAGAAAGCAUUUUCAUGUUCUGACUGUGGGAAAUGUUUUACUCUAAAAUCAAAUCUUAUUACUCAUCAGAAAAUGCAUACAGGGGAAAAAGGAUUUUCGUGUUCUGAAUGUGGGAAAUGUUUUACCAGGAAAUCAUAUCUUUUUGACCAUCUAAAAAUUCAUGCAGGGAAGAAAGGAUUUUCGUGUUCUGAAUGUAGGAAAUCUUUUACCCAGAAAUCAACUCUUUAUAAUCAUCUUAAAAUACAUACAAGAGAGAGAGCAUUUUCAUGUUCUGAAUGUGGGAAAUGUUUUACCAGGAAAUCAUAUCUUAUUGACCAUUUGAAAAUUCAUACAGGAGAGAAAGCAUUUUCGUGUACUGACUGUGGGAAAUGUUUUACUCAGAAAUCAAAUCUUAUUAAGCAUCAGAAAAUUCAUACACGACAGAAAGGCUUUUCAUGUUUUGAAUGUGGGGAAUGUUUUACUCAUAAAUCAAGUCUUAUUACUCAUCAGAACGUUCAUAUUACAAUAAAUCAAAGCUUAACCUUAAGUGCAGAGGGUGACAUAUUGUCAUCAUCUGCAUAAUACCUAGAGUGCUGAUGACUAUAUAUCAUCCUCUGGAGGGUGAGCACUUUUAGAGCUGUUUGAGGCCCUCUAUUCACAUCAAGCAUGGUUAAGAGGUGACCCAUUGUUUUUGUUAUCCAAAGGGGGGAACUGGGGUCCCUAAAUAGAUUUAUAUUACCAAGUGAUCACCUGGUGUAAAUACAAUUUGCAAUUAUUUGAGUAGAAAUGUGAGGAAUCAUUUUUUUUACAGAAAAGGUGGUGGAUUCAUGGAAUAAACUUCCAUUUGAGGUGGUAAACAUAAAGACUGUAAAGGAAUUAAAAAAAAUGCCUGGGACAUGCAUAAGGCUAUCCUAAGAAAAAAAGUAACAUGUAAUAUGGAUAGACUUGAUGGGCCUGUUUUGUUCUUAUCUACUGUCAAAUUAUAUAUUUCUAUGAGUAUAGGUUCAAGGAAAGGAGCCCCUAUGUGCAGAUAAAAGUGAUAAAUAUACCCAAAGACCCUUAUUUAUAUGUUGAUAAACACUUCUAUGAAAUUCACUUAUAAUGUACUGUUGAGUACAUUAUAGGUGAUCACUGAGCUAUCUUGAAUUUAAAUUUACCAGGUGUAUAUUGUACAUAGUGACCCCUUAGAUUAAUAUCAAGUGGGAGUCCCUUGUCUGGAUUAUAAUAGCCCCCUUCCUGCAUGAAAUGCAUUGUGCUAAAAUAAUAUAUAAAUAUAAUUUUUAUCAUUUUGAUUUUUAAUGGCUAAAUUCUAUUACAAAAAUACUGAAUUCUACAUUUCUGCUUAUUUUAGGACUUUCUCUUUAUACAAUUAUAGAUUCACAAGAGGUUUGGUUAUGAAGUUGAGAAAAAACACACUGUAUUGUUUCCAACCUUGUUUAUUAAAUUGUAUUAAAAUAUGCAUUUUAUCACA